CCCAGCAAGUCCAAGAAUAACCAARGCAACAACAACAAUAACAAUAAUAAUGGCUACAACAGAGGUGGCAGAGGUCGUGGAGGAAGAGGAGAUAACAGAAGAUACAACAACGGCCGCAACAACAACAACAGAAGAGGUGGUGGUGGUGGCAACGGUGGAAACUAUAUCAACACAAUCUCGGAUAAUCAAGCCGACUAUAGUAAAGUGCUGACCAUCGUUGAUGUUCAACCAAACAUUGUGGAUGCUGUCAUGUCCACCGCUGGAACUCCAGGACUUGAUAUUAAGACUCUGAUGACUGACAACGCGUUACCGUCCGUACAGACUAUACUGGAGAUCAACAACCGUCAGGUUAGAGCGGUUGUGGACACUGGAGCUGUGUACUCACUGGUACGUGAGGACCUGGUGUCCGAGCUUGGUGCAAGAGUAGGUGCGCCAAGGAGUAUUCUAAAAGCUGCCAAUGGCACACCAAUCAACGUGGUGGGCAGUGUCGAGCUGGUUUUCAAACUGGCCAAGAUAGAGACCGUUGUCAGACUACGUGUCAUACAGAAGAGUGAUCUGUUAUUCAAGUGCGUUCUAGGUUUUGACCUCAUGACCGCACUCAUGUUGGAUGUAUUGACAAGCAAGAAGUUAAUAACCAACAAUCAAGGCUGGUCCAGUAAGCUGUUCGCUUCAUCGGAUGUCAAGACCGCCGUAGGUUCUAUCGUGGAUGUCACCGAGGCCAUAGCCAUUGUCAAUGAGUCAAUGCCAACUUUAACAAAGUCCAAGCCUGAAUCUACAGAGUCAGUGGAGGAUGUGUUGAAUGACUACGAUGAUAUCUUUGCUAAGAAGUUGGAGAAAGCUUGCCAAGUCACUGUUGUGGAACAUGAGAUCAACCUCAUCCAAGGUGCAACUCCAACUACUGCCCGUCUCCAACACUUUUCAAUCAAAGAGAAGGCAUUCUUGGAGACCGAGAUUGAUAGACAACUCAAAAUGGACUCUAUUGAGGACUCUUCAUCUCCAUUCUCCGCUGCGCCAGUCCUUGUUCCAAAGGGUGACAGCUAUCGUCUUGUCGUGUCGUACAAGAAAUUGAACGACAUCACCAUCAAAGACAAGUACCCGUUACCAAGGCUGGAGGAGCAAUGGGCCAACUUUCAUGGUGCCACUGUGUUCAGUACCAUUGAUAUGUUGAAUGGUUACACGCAACUCGCCGUCGCCAAGGCCAGCCGUCCUAUGACUGCAUUCAUCACUCAUACUGGUCUUUACCAAUUCAAGAGUUUGCCGCUCGGUCUGUGUAACGCUGUGGCUACAUUCUCUCGUUGCAUGUACACUAUCUUCAAGUCAUUGAUCAACAAAGGUAUAUUUUUGUACCUCGAUGACGUUAUUCUCUAUUCCAAGUCUCUUCCAGAGCAUGUCAAACUACUGCGUCAAGUGUUUGAGAUACUACGCAAGCACAACUUCAAGGUGAACGUCAAGAAGUGUGUCUUUGCCAAAGAUCGACUUAUCUUUCUUGGCUACCUCAUAUCCAACAAGGGUCUCCAGGUUGACCCAGCCAAGUGCAAGGCUCUCCAGGAGCUCAAGCAACCUGUCAAUGUCA